AAAUGAGAGGAAUUAGGGAAAAUAGUCUAGAACACAAUUUUGCACCACCAGUUGUUUUCGGAAGUGCCCGUCGCUUGCCAACUGAGAAUAAUAAUAGCAACGGGAACAAAGACGUUAUUUCAUUAAGGGAUCUGUCUAUGCCAGAGAUAUGGAAGCUGGCUAGAGAUCGUGUGAGGAUCAGUGGUAUAGAGAGACGAUCCAUAGAUAAUCCUUCGCACAAACGUAUAGCUGUGUCUGAGACUGUGACGAGACGUCGCACAUCAACUCAUCAAAUCAUGUCUCGACGUGUAGACUCAACUGCUGCAAAUGAUGGAAUAGACGAUAACGAGGAGUUCUUUGCAAAUUUACUGAAGAAAAUGACCAAGGAACAAUUCAUACAAUCCAGUGAAGUUAAUAAAUCGCGGAAGCGGCUGAGCCUAUGGAAUAAAGAGAACGCGAAAACCUCCGACCAAAGCAAGCGGACCAAGAGUAAUGUCAACAUGAUUCCUCCUAUUCCACCAACAAUGGCACCGUUAAAAAAACGAUUGUUGCCUCAACAGCACAAUAUUUGUUUGCAAGCCGUCGCAGCUAUUCCAGUUCGAUCUAGAUCAACCAAAACAGAACAGCGAGAUCAAUCUGUUCCUCAGCAUAAGUCAACUUUAAAUCUGACUCAAGAAGACACGAAUAUGAAAGAAUCUUAUUUAAGCUUUACGGAUUGUGACAUAUUGUCAAAUGUGCCAAGGAAAGUCAAAGAAAAUUGUCUUCGACAGAGGACUGAAGACAAUGGUUUUUCUUCUUCCUUCUUGGAAACGUUGAAUUUGCAACAUAAUCAUGCUGUUGAGGCCGUCAAUCACAAUUCCAGACAUGCUACAUUGCAGGGCGAUUACAGUUACAGUAAAAAAUAUAACCAGAAUUUUUUAAACAGUCCAUGUCUUUCAACUAUUGAAGAAUACCUCGAACCAUCCAUGGUAAUCGAACCUUCGAUCUAUGACCCAAAUGCUAUGGAGUAUGAACGCCACUCAAACUUGUCUAUUCCAUUCACUCCACCCUUGCCCACAGAAUUUGUCAGUUGUAAUGCUCAUGAAUUUGAUGAAGGUUUUAACAAUCUUGACGAGAAUGAUAAUUCCCGCUCAUUGUCAGCAUUGACGAUAACUUGCCCAAGUCUUAUUUCAAACUGCGAAAGCAAGUAUAACUACGAGAUUAUGAACCCGAAAACAUUCAACAUACGAGAUGAUAACUUGUUCAACUGAAUUGUUCUUGCAUCUUAUUCACC